ACAUCUCAUCUUCCGCACAAUAUUGAAACCAUGAUUAUGAGGGAAGCUUUCUGUGCUAUGUUUGUUCUAGUUGCUGUAUUGUUCUUUGGAGUUGCAGAGUUCUGUUCCGGUCGGAACACGAGCUUUAGCUGUAUAGAAAGGGAGAGAGAAGCCCUCUUGAAGUUCAAACUUUGUUUCCAUGAUCCAUCGAAUAUGUUGUCUUCUUGGAAAGGCAAUAACUGUUGUGAAUGGAGAGGAGUAGGCUGUGACAAAAAUAGCGGAUAUGUUAUCUCUCUUCAACUCAGGGGAUCAAUAUCUGAUCAACUUCUUCAGUACUCUACUGAUGAUCAACAACCUCAUCAAUUGUACUUAAUUGAUGAUGUAGAGGAGAUUGUUUCAAGUUUGCUCAACCUGAGAUACUUGGAACACCUGGACCUGAGCCAAAAUAAUUUCAAUGGUAAGCUUAUUCCACUCUCCUUUGGCUUGAUGAAGCAGUUGAGGUACCUAAAUCUCUCUAAUGUGCAGUUCACCGGAAGAAUUCCUGGUGAACUCGGAAAUCUUACAAGAGUUCAUGUUCUUGAUCUUUCUCAAUAUUAUUAUGGGAGAUUAAAGGUUGAUGGUGACAUUCAGUGGAUUUCUCGUCUCUCCUCUUUGCAACGACUUGAUAUGAGUGGAGUAAAUUUAAAGCAUGCCUCAUCAAACUUGUUCCAGGUACUUGGCAUGCUUUCUUCAUUAUCAUGGCUGAGUCUGUCAGGCUGUAAUCUAAAAAAUUCUCACCUUCCACCUCACAAUCAUCCCCUUAAUUUUACACUUCUUGGAAAUAUUCGGCAUUUUGAUAUUUCAAGGAACUCUUUUCAUGUUCCAUUGCCCAUUUUUAUCCAAAACAUGACUUCAUUGACAUUUCUUGAUAUGAGCGAAGCAAAUCUAAGCCUUGCAUCAUCAAACUUGUUUCAAGUACUUGGCAUGCUUCCUUCAUUAUCAUGGUUAGGUUUAUCAACUUGUAGUCUUGAAAAUUCUCACCUACCAUCUUGCAGCCAGCCCCUAAAUUUUACAUUUCUUGGCAAUAUUCAACACUUUGAUCUUUCAGAGAACUCUUUUCAAGGUCCAAUGCCUAUAUUUCUCCAAAACAUGACUUCCUUGAUAUUUCUUAAUCUUCAUGGCAAUCAAUUGAAUGGGAGUAUUCCAAAUAGCCUCGAGCAACUUUCUAAGUUAGAGAACAUAGAUCUUUAUGGCAAUCAAUUGAGUGGGAGUAUUCCAGACAGCAUCGGGCAACUUUCUAAGUUAGAGAGCAUAGAUCUUUCUGGCAAUCAAUUGAAUGGGAGUAUUCCAGAUAGCAUCGGGCAACUUUCUAAGUUAGAGAGCAUAGAUCUUAAUGGCAAUCAACUGAGUGGGAGUAUUCCAGAUAGCAUUAUGCAACUUUUUAAGUUAGAGAGCAUGUAUCUUUAUUGCAAUCAAUUGAGUGGAAGUAUUCCAGAUAGCAUCGGGCAACUUUCUAAGUUAGAGAGCAUAGAUCUUUAUGGCAAUCAAUUGAGUGGGAGUAUUCCAAAUAGCAUCGGGCAACUUUCUAAGUUAGAGAGCAUAUAUCUUCAUGGCAAUCAAUUGAGUGGGAGUAUUCCAGAUAGUAUCGGGCAACUUUCUAAGUUAAAGAGCAUGGAUCUUUCUGGCAAUCAAUUGAGUGGGAGUAUUCCGAAUAGCAUUGGGCAACUUUCUAAGUUAGAGAGCAUAGAUCUUUAUGACAAUCAAUUGAGUGGGAGUAUUCCAGAUAGCAUCGGGCAACUUUCUAAGUUACAGAGCAUAUAUCUUUCUGGCAAUCAAUUGAGUGGAAGUAUUCCAAAUAGCAUCCAGCAACUUUCUAAGUUAGAGACCAUAGUUCUUGCUAGCAAUCAAUUUGGAAUAAGAUUUCCUGAAUGGCUUCUAUUGCAAAAGACAAUAAGUAUAAUUGAUCUCUCUAAUGUUAGCAUGUCAGGUCCUCUUCCAGAAAACAUUGGUCAUAUGAUGCCAAUGUUGCAAGGAUUAUAUCUUGCAAAUAACCUCAUGAAUGGUUCAAUUCCAAAGUCGCUAUGCAAUUCAAAAUCUUUGGAAUAUCUUGAUCUGUCAAACAAUAUGUUUUCUGGAAUUAUUCCUAAUUGUUGGAGAAAUGAUCAAUCAUUUGUUUUUAUUGAUCUAUCUUCUAACAAUCUCUCAGGUUUAUUUCCAAGCACAAUGGGACAGCUUCCUUCUUUAUCUGUACUACACUUGAACAACAAUAGUCUCCAUGGGGAAAUACAUAUGGCCUUGAAAAACUUCACUUAUUUGGUGAUUUUGGAUUUGGGUGAAAAUAAAUUUUCUGGAAAUUUAACAAGCAUUGUAGGGGGCAAGAUUAGCAAUCACCCUUUAAAAGUUCUCCGACUACGAAAAAAUUUGGUUUCCGGUUAUAUUCCUUUAGAACUGUGCUCUCUCUCUCAAUUGCAGAUUCUAGAUCUUGCAGAUAACAAUAUGAUAGGAAGGAUUCCUCCUUGUUUUGGAAAGUUUCCAAUUAUGGUGAAUGCAACACAAUUGAUCAACAGCAUGUAUGAUGGUUAUUGGUCUUGGGCAGAUUUGAUGGAGGUUGUGAAGGGGAGAUACCUUGAGUAUACAAGGCAAACCCUAGGACUUGAGAGUAGUAUAGAUCUUUCGAGUAACAAUCUAAUAGAAUCCAUACCAGAGGAGCUAAUUUUCCUUAAAGAUUUGCACAAUUUGAAUCUGUCUUGGAAUCAUCUCUCAGGAAAGAUCCCGGAAAAAAUUGGACAAAUGGAGAAUUUGGAAUCUCUCGAUUUCUCCCAAAAUGACCUCUCAGGAACUAUCCCGAAGAGCAUGUCAAAUUUAACCAAGUUAAGCCACCUUAACUUAUCCUACAACAACUUGUCAGGGCCAAUUCCAACAGGCUAUCAACUCCAAACACUGGAAGAUCCAACCAUUUACAUUGGCAAUCCUCAACUCUGCGGAGCUCCACCCCUGAAGAAAUGCUCAAAUGAUGCGUUGCCUCCAACAACCACCAACAUCAAGGACAAUGAUGAUGGCGCACUUAAAAGAAUGUGGUUUUACAUUGUCAUAAUGUUAGGCUUUGCAACUGGAUUCUGGGGUGUCGUGGGACCUUUGAUUUUUAUAAAAAGCUGGAGAUAUGCUUAUUUUCAAUGGGUGGAUGAUGUUGAACACUGGAUCCUUAUGGUUAUUACAUUGAAGGUGGCACGAUUCAAGAAGAUGUUUAAUGGCAACCCACAUGAUUAGUGACUUAAACAUGGAGUAUGUUGUUGUUGUUGCUACAUUUGUUACUAAACCAGUUAGACAACCCCGCAUUGUAGGUUGUGGUGUCGGGUCUAACUUUGAAUGAGUCAACAUUCAAUGGGCCAACUUGAAAUGAACACAUAAGUAUUAGGGUUUGUAAAGUUUUCAACAAUGUAACACAGGCUGUAGUUCUCAAGGUUUCACGAAAAAUAAAAAUUCUCACAAAAA